AUGGCUUGGUGUGACCGCGGGGUUCAAACGCUGCUGGCCACCGUGGGGGCUUUUGCUGCCUUUAGCCUGAUGACCAUCGCCAUCGGCACGGACUACUGGCUCUAUUCGCGGGCGUACAUCUGCAACAGCACCAAUGCAUCCACAGACGACACCCAGUCACAGCCCAAAACCAAGAAGGGCGAUCUCACCCACUCCGGGCUGUGGAGAAUCUGCUGUAUUGAAGGGAUCAAUCAAGGCAGCUGUUACAGAAUCAACCAUUUCCCUGACGACAAUGACUACGACACAGACAGCUCUGAAUACUUGCUGCGUAUAGUUCGUGCCUCCAGUGUGUUCCCCAUUCUCAGUACCAUCCUGCUGAUGCUUGGCGGACUGUGUGUAGGGGUUGGCCGAGUCUACAACAAGACAAAUAACGUCCUCCUCAGUGCUGGCAUUCUCUUUGUAGCUGCAGGUCUGAGUAACAUAAUUGGCAUCAUCGUCUACAUCUCCAGCAAUGCAGGAGACCCCAGUGACAAACGUGAUGAUGACAAGAAGUACACUUACUCCUAUGGCUGGUCCUUCUACUUUGGCGCCCUCUCCUUCAUUGUGGCUGAAACCGUGGCUGUGCUCGCCAUCAACAUUUACAUUGAGAAAAACAAGGAAGUCCGCUGGAGGGCGAGGCGCGAGUUCAUCCGCUCACUCUCUUCCUCUUCCCCAUAUUCGAGGAUACCGAGUUUCCGCUACCGCCGGCGGACGUCACGCGCCAGCUCUCAUUCUACAGAGGCUUCACAGGAGAACUCACCUGUGGUUGGACUGAAGCGGGCGCCAUCUUCCAGUGGGCCCCUGGAUGAGCUGUCCAUGUACGCCCUGGCGAGGGACAGUGUGACAGAGAACACGUACAGCCCUGAACAUGAGGGAGCUGCUGAGUUCCUCCAGGUCCAUAACUGUUUCCCCAAUGAUUUAAAAGACGGGGUAAAUCGCAGGACCACACCAGUGUGA